AUGGCUUUGGGUGAAGUUACCGCCAACAAUCUCGGUCAACUGCGUGUCUUGCACAAAAUCUUGUUCCCGGUAGAUUAUGACGACUCAUUCUUCACCAAUGCAUUGAAUGCAGGUGAAUUAGCGAAACUUGCGUACUAUAAUGAUGUAUGCGUGGGAGCUGUAUGCUGUCGCAAGGAAGUGGAAGGAGAACAAACCAAAGUGUACAUGAUGACAUUGGGCGUUUUGAAACCGUAUCGCAACGCAGGCUUGGGUAAAUUACUGCUGGACCAUAUUUUAGAGGAGGCCAAAACGAUCCAAGCCAAGUCUGUUUAUUUACAUGUUCAUGUGAAGAAUGAGGACGGACUGGCUUUUUACAAGAAGCACGGUUUUGAGGUGACGGGAGAAGAAAAGGAUUACUAUAGAGACGUCGAACCCAAAGAUGCGUAUAUUCUGUCAAAAACCCUAUAG